CGCCCUCUGAUAAUGCAGCAUGGGCGAAAAUACCAGAGUGAAGAGAAACAGCUGAGGAAGCGGACUCCUCUACUGGCAACGAUUUUGAACGAUUGAACUAAAAGUGAUGUUUCAACAAUGCCGAUAGUGGAUAAACUCAAGGAGGCAUUAAAACCUGGUCGAAAGGAGACGGGCGAUGAAGGCGACCUCAACAAACUGUUGGCCUCUUCUGCCAAGAAAGUCCUUUUGCAGAAGAUAGAGUUUGAGCCUGCCAGCAAAGGUUUCUCCUAUCAAUUGGACAGUCUGAAGAACAAGUAUGUGAUCCUCAAUCCCAGGAAUGAGGGCGCUACGGGACAGAAGGCCACAGAGCCUGCCCAAAUAAAGAGGCAAGUCUCCGAGAAUGUGGUUGGGAGCCAGAGCGAUGGGAUCCCUGCCCCACAGAAGAUGCUCUUUCCAGGGAACAAGCUGACCCUCAAAUGGGAGCGGGUGUACAGGGUGGGAGCCGGCCUCCACAACCUAGGAAACACCUGCUUCCUCAACUCCACAGUGCAGUGUCUCACCUACACCCCACCACUUGCCAACUACUUACUCUCAAAGGAGCACAGCCGUGCCUGUCACCAGUCAGGCUUUUGUAUGAUCUGUAUAAUGCAGAACCAUAUCAUCCAAGCCUUUGCCAACACAGGCAAUGCCAUCAAGCCUGUCUCCUUCAUCAGAGACCUAAAAAAAAUUGCAAGACAUUUUCGCUUCGGGAGCCAGGAGGACGCCCAUGAGUUUUUGCGAUACACCAUUGAUGCCAUGCAGAAAGCCUGUCUCAAUGGCUACCCUAAGCUGGACAGGCAGACCCAGGCUACAACGCUGGUUCACCAGAUCUUUGGAGGUUACCUCAGGUCAAGAGUGAAAUGCUCUAUUUGUAAAAGUGUGUCGGACACGUAUGAUCCUUACCUGGACAUCGCUGUGGAGAUACGGCAAGCAGCAAACAUUGUGCGCGCCCUGGAACUGUUUGUGAAACCAGAUGUGUUAAGUGGAGAGAACGCCUACAUGUGUGCCAAGUGCAAAAAGAAAGUGCCAGCAACCAAACGCUUCACAGUCCAUCGAACAUCUAAUGUACUGACCCUUUCACUGAAGAGGUUUGCCAACUUCAGUGGAGGAAAAAUAACAAAGGAUGUUGGAUACCCAGAAUUUCUGAACAUCCGCCCUUACAUGUCUCAGAGCUCAGGCGAUCCUGUUAUGUACGGCCUCUAUGCUGUUCUGGUGCACUCUGGCUACAGUUGUCAUGCUGGCCACUACUACUGUUAUGUCAAGGCGAGCAACGGUCAAUGGUACCAAAUGAAUGAUUCAAUGGUGCACUCUAGUAACAUCAAAGUGGUCUUGAACCAGCAGGCUUAUGUGCUUUUCUACCUGAGGAUCCCUGAAACCAAGAAGAAUGCAGAUGGGCAGACCACCAAGCAGGGGAUGAUGCAUUCUGGGAAGAACAGUGUAUCGUCUGAACAGAUAAAGAGGGCCAACCUGAACGGGCCUCUCUCCUCCCCGCAGGUCACAAAGAAACUUGAGCCUGCACAGCUUCGUAAGAUCCAGUCCAUGGAUGGUGGUUUGGGCCUGCCUGUCUCCAGGAACGGAGUGGGCUCUCAGCCGCAGCCCAGGCUGUCCAAUUGGACGUCGUCCUCCAAUGGACCACCUAAGUUGCCAGGUGGACCUACGGUUAUCGAGGAGCCUUUCAAGAAGCUGAAGAAGCCCUCUCCCCAGAGCCAAGCGCAGUCACGCAGCAGCACUCCUACCCCAUCCAAUAACGGGGUCAGCAGGACGGAGGGAGAUAAAAAGCAAGGUGGAGAGGGCAGAGGCAUGGCAGCGUCUACCUCAUUCAAGUCUUUGUCUGACUCUUCCUCUUCCGACACCACUGACUCAAAGGACUCCAUGGGUCCUAAAAGUGCUCCAGUAGGAGAGACUCCCUCCACCCCUCGGAAAGGCUCCAAUGGCCUGGCGUCUCCAGCCAAGAGUGUAGAGCGCUCUCAGAGCACAGAGGAGCAGAAGACGGCGAAAAUGAAACCCCCAACCCUCAACAACAUCACAUCUGAAGCCACCAGCACCAUGUCACCUCCACCUGCCAAGAAACUGGCCCUGUCAGCCAAGAAGGCUCGCAGCCGGAGUCCGAGCAGCAUUGAUGCUCUGCCCCCUUUGCCACGCCAGUUGUCCAGAGACCCCACGCAUCCAAAUCAACUUAACCCUCUCACCUUUGCCUCACCUCACACUCACAGAGCUGGUCCAUUCCAUUCACCUAAAGUCCAGUCAUCGCCUUUUGCCCACUUAAGUGGAUCCUACAAACAGCAGAGCCCUCAGAAACAGUCCAUUCUUUCUACACUGCAAAAGCCAAACGCCAGCCUUUCUCUUAAAACCAACGGGCUUCACAGUCCCGGCCCAAAGAGCCCCAAGUCUUCCAACAACCUCAGCUCCGUGGUCCAAGAACCAGAUCUCAACAGCCUUCCAGCUCAAAAGGCCAACCAAAAGAAGAAGAAAAAGAAGCGGCGCCACUCUGAGAUGGAGGGUGAUACACAGGCAGCCGCAUCUCCAGCUGUGGAGACACAGUCCAACCAUGUGGAAUCAGCUAGCGAAAAGAAGAGGAAGAAGAAAAAGAAAAAGCGAAAGAGGGAGAACGAGGAUGGAGAGAAAGCGAAGGAGAGAGAGUGCGUCCCGUCUCAUCUGGACACGUCCAACCAGGAGGAGGAUUGGUGUCAGGGUGGGAUGUGGAGUUUAAGCUCCCAUCCAGAUACUGAACAGUCGAAAGAAAAGCCUCUGUUAGCUGCCACAACCUCAAUGCAACGCCAGUCAAAUCAGGAAGAACACAGAAAGGACUCUGUGUUGUUGAAGAAGAAGAAGAAAAAGAAAAAGAAGAUGCAACUGGAUGAGGCUCUGCAGGACACAACUUCAGCAUGCUCUGCAUCAGAAAGGAAUUCUGAGUCGAAGGCCGCAGUUGUUCAGAAUGACACGGGAGAUUUGAUAACGAUGAAAAAGAAGCUAAAAAUGAAGAAGAAGAGGCUAAAAGAAGAGGUGAAACAGUGGGAGGAGAGCACGCGAUGCUUAGAUGGGCAGAACAACAAGCCUGAAGCAGAAGAGGAGCCCCCUUCCAAAAAGAACACCGCAGAGAACGCCAAAAUCAGCAAGCACAGCUCAGCCACAGUGGUAGUGUGGGACAGCCAAGUGAAGGACGGCUACAAGCGCAAACAGGCGCCAGCGGCUGAUGGAAGUGCAGCAGGAGACACCCCAACUGCUCCUCUAGCUUGGGAUGGGAAAAAGACGAGUGGUGUGGUGGAAGAACUGCUCAGAAACUCCAAAGAUAAGGCCUAUGGAGCCAAUGUCCUCAGUUGGGAUGGAGAGAUCUCUGCUGUUAGUAGAGAUGCCAUUGAAGAUGUCCGCCAUGCCAAGUGUGACACCGUGAUAGAUGAGUGGGAUGAAGACUUUGACAGGGGAAAGGUGAAGAAAGUGAAAAACUAUAAAAGAGAGAAGUGGAGAAGCGGGAGCAGCAUCUUCCAGAAGAUUCAGGACAGACGGAACAAGUGGUCUGUAACACCCGGAGGGAAGAGAGUUUUUGGAGUCCGUCGCUGAAUGUCCAGAUAGCUGUUGAGGUCAUGUUUGCUGGAAAUCGAGACAAUAAUACUGUAUACCAAACUUCUGUACUUUUGUCCCCUUUCUUUUUUACCUCUCUGUUCUGUGUUCAGUUCAGACCCAAAUUCCUGAAUAAUAUAUGAGCCAAAAGCAGCACAGCAGACUACAUUAACAGCUUAUAACUGACCCCUUGAAUAUAAAUUUUAAACUAAACUUUUAACUAACGUGAAAUGUUGUCUUCAGGCUUCAGUAAAAUUGGCCAGUGGGAUUUGACCACUCACGUCCCCCUUUAAUCCAGUGGCUCAAACUUUUCUAUGCAUGCAGUAUUUAACAGAACCCCCUUACACCUCAGUGUCACAUGAAUUCAUUGGUGGUGGCACCCUUUGAGCCUUGGUUAUUGCCUCCAAAAUCCUUGAAUACAGUUUAUCAUACUUGUCAACAGUUGCUAAAAAAUUGAAAGGAUACCUGUAACAUUUUGGCUGUUUUAAAAAAGUGACCUUUUUUUCUCCUGAAAGUAUUCAAUACCAAAUUGCAAAGAUCCAGAAUUAUGUAUUCAUUAAAACAUACUUUAUUUUAGAUUUAUAUAUCAUUUUCUUUAUAUCUUUUAAUCUGCCUUUGUUUUUAUUUUGCUGCAGUGUCUGUGCCAUGUGGCUUGUUUUUUUCUUCUUUUUUUUUUAAGGACCAAGUUUUGGCUGCAUACUAUUGGUAAAAUUACGGUUUAAAAUUCUUACCACUUUCUAUCUAUGCAUGUCCAAAUUGGUCCAGAAAUUUACCAAGCUGACUUUUGUUUUUAGUUCUGCUGUUUUGGUUAUGUACCAUAUUUUGCUAACAAAUUCAUUUAAUUUCAGAUUGAAUGUUGAUGCAUUUAUACCGCAAGAGUGCUCUGCCGAUUGGAAACAGUUUGACUGUUUGUGGAAGCGUUGGUAUCGAUGAGCAAACAUCAUAUCUAUGUGUUUACCUAGAUGUUAUUGUUUUCUGACGGAGUCGAGGUGGGGGUUGUUGGAGGACCUCAAGACGAGAGCAGUUGUUUUCUACUGUGCAGCUAUUUAACUCUGUAGCUCAUCUCAUCAGUCCUGCGUUCGGAAGCCUUGCAUCUGGAGAUUUGAGCUUUCCAUUAUCUGUAACAAACCUCACCACAAACUGUUAGUCACCAAUGUACUGAAAUAAAAGGGUUACAUUUUCUACUUCAGGCACUGUGUUAGAAAUGGAUAGCCACAUGCUAAUAAUUUCUUUCCCCCUUGUAUCUUAUAUCUCUAUGCAAUUUUCUGACUGUCAUGCUGGUCACCUAGAAACUGGGCUAAGACUCAGGAACCCAGGCAUCCUGUAUCCAUUCUUCAUCUCUGAUCGGACCCCACUCCCCUGUUCCAUAUCAGACCAGUCCCUCUCCCUGGACCACCAUUUUUUGCACCCUGUGCAUCCUGUAGAAACUGUUUUAUACAAGUAUUUCAGGUGUGGAAACCAUGGGAUCAUCUUGCACCCAGUCAUGGGCACAGAUGAGUAGAGAAAUCAACGUCAAGAUAACACAAUGCUUUGCCAGUGUAGAAGACUGUACAGUCCAUCUUGUGCUACCCGUGUCUCCCUCCAACGCUGUAAAGAUUUGCCCAUGCAUUUCUUUUCAUUCUAGAGAUGUUGCCUUGAAUUUGGCUAUAAAAAGUAUAGGAUUUAAUGUUAUAAAUAUAUAAUUUAAAGAAGACAAGACACAGAUCUUUAAUGUGCUACUAAUACUUGGAUCAGUUGGUGGAUGUUAACUUGAGAAUUUAUUUGCAAAUGUGUUUGUUCAUUUGUGUAUAAGAGAGUUGUCUGUUUUCAUGCAAGACCUUCCCUAUGUCACUGUAGUGUGUACAGUACAAGAGAGGCUGCGGCAGUCUAAAUUCCAUAGGACAUGUCUGUCGGCUGUGAAAUUGACGUAGGGUAUGACUCUCAAACUGACAGGAACAUUUACUGGUGUGAAUGGACGGUCCACAUGUUUGCACCACCUUUUCUGACCAAGGAAGAGACCUUUCAUAAUGAAAGUGGCUCUUACCACACUAUAGUAAACUUUAAAGGUGCAAUAAA